ACCAUCGGUGCAGGCUUGUGGAGGACCGAAGCUUCUCAGGACUCUUCAAGUAUCUUACAUCAGAGUAAGCCGAGCUCUCGAACUUCGCGAAAAUUGAUCUGUCUAUUUUCACAUCGGUCGACACCAACCGGUAAAGGAUGGAGCUGACCAAUGGGAAGCACGAGCGACCUCGACGAGCUCAUGUGCUGAUGGUGGCCGCGGGUGGGCAGGGGCAUUACUUCCCUUUUCUGCAAAUGCUGUAUCAGCUGAGCACUCCUCGAUACGUAGAUCGAGUAACCGUCACCUUUGUCAACAGCCAGGAGAGCCUCGUGGGCUUCGCGGCGCGCAAGGAGAAUGGCGAAUUCGGAAGCUUGGAAUUGCGAUUCCAGGCCCUGGUACCGGCAGCUCCUUGCAAACCGAGUGGCAGACCGGGCCCAGAAGAUUUCGCCAACAGAGUUGAGAAGGAAUUCGAACCCUUGAAGCAGAAGUACUUGUCCGAGAAAACCAACGCCGAUGGCCCUACUUGCAUUAUUGGGGACAUGUUUUUCAGCUGGCUUUUGUAUCUAGCGGACGAACUGAACAUCCCUUGGAUUCCGAUCUACCCUGCCUCAUCAUGGUACACCUACAGCUGUCUCGUGGAUGCCAAUCCCAUCUGGCGGUCGAAGGAUCCGGACGUAAGAAAGCAGACAGCUCCGGGACUCAACUUCUGCCGGGUUUUCGACUACCCCGAGGACAUUCCGUAUUUUGCUGAGUUCUUCGCGAAGAAAAGAGAACGCCUCGAGAAAGCCUCGACCAUCGUGAUCAACGUUGCAGAGGAAUGGGAUGCACCGACCGGAUGCCUCGCUCUGACUCGAGACCUGCUCGAAAAGAAGGCAAUCGCCGAGAACAGACCGGUGCCCAAAGUCGUUGCAGUGGGUCCAAUGGUGAACAUUGAGGGCAUGACUUAUACUCCACCUUGCAAAAUGGCGGAACCACAGAGAGCACAGUGCUUUUCUUGGCUGGACCAGCAGCCUCCCAAAUCGGUGUUGUACGUCGCUUUCGGAACCAUCACCAACCUGAACCCCGAGGACAUGGUGGAGCUCGCCCACGGCCUGGAGGAUAGCGGCGUGUCGUUCUUGUGGGUCAUCAAAGUUCCGGCUAACGAGACUCUGGAGUCCGUCCUUCCUCCAGGUUUUCAGGAGAGGAUUAAAGGGCGAGGUCUUCUCGACAGGAGCUUUGUGCCGCAGUCAAAGAUCUUGUGUCACCCUUCCAUAGCUGGAUUCAUGUCCCACUGUGGGUGGAACUCCAGUAUGGAGGGCAUCUGCGCCGGAGUGCCGCUGCUAACUUAUCCCUUGGGCCUCGACCAAAUAGUGAACGCCAGGUUCGUGGUUAAUGUUUGGAAGGCAGGCAUAGGACUAAAGAAAGAGGAUGAAGAAUAUUGCACCAACAAAGUUACCAGGGAAGAAGUGACAGAGGCGAUUAAUACGCUAAUGAUUGGAAAUGUAGCCGAGGAGUUAAGAAGUAAUGUCCAGAUGUUGCGCAGUCUAGCAAAAGCAGCUCUGGCAGAAGGCGGUUCUUCCCAUAAAGCCCUACACUCUUUCUUAGGAGAGAUAACGAGUCCCGCUCAAUAAGGAUCCCAUUCACUUCCCCUUUACAAAAUGUUUAAGACAGUGUUUGUAAUCUUAAAUCUUUUUAUUGGAGGAUGUAUAAAAAAUAGACAAAGAAAGAAUAUUCGAAUUCAACAGAAGAUGUUGCAGUGGAACUUUAUAAACACCUACAUGGCAUAGGUGGCACACGACGUACCUCCUGUCCGGAGGGCACAUCUCAAGGACCAAGGGAGUGGAGGAAUGAGUUGGCUUGCUCGCUUAGGGACAUGCCGAGAAUUAUCUUUCAUUUUGUUGUACACUGCCGGAGUUCAUGAUCUUUUCCCCCACUUCCUUCCUUCCCCCGGUGCGAAUCAUAUCUGAUUUGUAUGUUCAUUCUUCUAAAUUAUGUAUCUGCGGAAGCUAUUUA